AUGGCCCGCUUCAACCUCUUCUAUUACCUGUUCGCUGUCUUUGCGGUCCUCGCCCUCGUCGCAAAUGCAGCACCAACAUCCACCCACCCCAACACCGGCAGCGUGGCCGGUAUGCCCGGCAUGGCCACUGAAUUCGACCACGACAACAACGCCGAUGCCGACAGCACACAGCACAAGCAGGUCAGCAGCGACUCCGAGUCGGAGUACAUGAACGAGAUGGAGAAUGCGCUCGAAGCUGCAGCAAAGGCUGCUGCAAAGGCCACUCCCACUUCGGCUGGUCCUUCGCGUCCCACCCCCGGUGUACCUACCACCGCUCCUAGCCCGACUGGUGCUAAGGCCCAGGCUAGUCCUUCGGCAUCUGCGGCGGCUGCCAAACCAAAGGGUAUGCUAUCCAGCUUGCCUCUGGUUGGAGGUUUGAUGGACGGAUUGCCCAUCUAA